AUGAGCCGCAAAGAACAAGGGGAGGCAUUCGAUUCUGUUUCGUAUGAGCCUCUCUUGCGAGGCGACUCCGAUUCACCUGUGGAAGGGCAGUCAGCACCUGGAUCCCGGAGAGUAGAAGGGUCGCCCCUACGACGAUGGACAUACGAGAACCGUAAACGAUGGGUGACACUCGUACUGGGCAUCACGAACGUGAUAACGCUCCUCAUCCUUCUCAGUCUGUGGUUGAGGCGCGAGUCAAUCCCGGACUCGGAGCUGCAGCUACUCUAUUCACCAGCAAACCAUGUCAUCGAACAUCAGGUCACCACGUUCCACAGCGCCAUACAAGGUGACACGACCGAAUAUAUGGGUACACCAUCACCGGAGCUCGACAAAGCUUGGGGUGACCUGUAUAAGUACGGCCUCCAAAGGAUCCCAGAAGACGAAGCUAAACUUAUCCCAUGGAAGACCGUCCGAAUUCCGGGGGAUGAGAGCCACUACGCCGUCGCACUGGACGUUUUCCAUCAACUGCACUGCUUGAACAUCAUCCGGAAGGCCUUCCAUCCGGACUACUAUCCCAAGGAGGAACAGUGGCAUGUCGACCACUGCAUCGAACACAUUCGCCAGGCUAUCGUGUGUUCUUCAGACGUGAGCUUGAUCAUCUGGCAAUGGUUCCCGGAGAAAAACAAGACCUUGGGUCGCUCAGGUACCCCCCAUACCUGCAGAAACUUCGAUAAGAUCUAUGAGUGGGCGAAAGACCCGAAGAACAACCUACCGGCGGAUCAGUUCAAUCUAGACCUGCAUCCGCCGCAUGAUCAUGAUCACUAG